AUGCUAAAGCAACUACUUCAAGGGCAAGCUGAUGGGGUAGUGGACACAAGCAAGAAGCUAGCUGAAAUAAACUCUAAGAUCGAGAACCUCAACACAAGGGUUUACUCUCUGGAGAAUCAUGCUUCUUCUGUUGCUGCUGCUACAAAGCAAGGACAACUACCUGGUAAAGCUAUUCAGAACCCCAAGGAACAGUGCAAGGUCAUCUUCACUCAAGAAGGACUUGUUGAAGAAGAGGAUCAAGAAAGGGUCAUUGAAGAUUUUUGUUUACUGCUGAAUGAUGAAGAGAUUGUUGCUGCUGAGGCUCCUGGAGUCCAGAUUGAUCAACCAGAAGUGCAUGCACCUACUGUGGCCAUUCACACUUCACCAGUUGAGCUCGCACGACAAGCUCGAUCGGCAGCUCGAUCGAGUCCAACUCUAGCUCGAUCGAGUCCGACCUCUUCUGUCCGACAGCCUGUUUUGCUUGAUCCUUAUCAACCGGUUGCCGCUUCCUCGUCUCGCCUACUUAGUCAAGGUCACAAGGAAGUGAUUCACAAGUUCAGAAGAGAUCUCAGUGGGAUUGGAAUUGAGUUGCCUCCUAUGGAUAGCAUGAGUGAGGCAUUUGAUCAAAUGCAAAUGGUCAAGGAUGUUCUGGCCAACAGUGAUAAAGUUUCAGAGGUCCUACAAGAGUCUACUCAUCAGUUCAACCUGCUUACUUCACCCACCUUCCUACCAAAGGUCAAGGAUCAAGGGAAAUUCACUCUCCCUUGCACACUUGGGCAUCUUGAGAUUGACAAUGCCUUAGUGGAUUCUGGAGCAAGCAUCAAUCUGAUCUCUCUCUCCAUGGCAGAGAAGCUAGGCAUAGCUGGAGCCUUGCAGCGCCCUACUACUUCAAUCAUGUUUGGAGAUGCAACUUCUAAGUCUCCUCUUGGAGUGUUCAAGAACUAUCACUUGAAAAUUGGAGAAUGCAUCAUCCAAACUGAUCUCACUGUGAUGGAAAUGGAAGAAGAGAAGGAUUUGCCUUUUAUUGGGAACCCCUUUCCUUAUACCAAUCUCAGUUCUAAGAGUCAUGGAGCUACAAAGGUUGUGAAGGAAAGGGUUGACAAGGAACCAAGAGUUGGGAAGGAUAAGGAUGAGAGAGGACCAAGGAUUGAGAAGCCACGUCUUGAGAGGGCUAGAGUUGAGAAACCACGAUCUGAUAGGCCAAGAGCUGAGCGACUUGUUCAAGCCCCUUGUGUGCUUGAUGAAGAGAGCCUUCAAGCUUUGUUUGAUGAGCCACUAGGAAGGGCUCUAAAGAAGGGGAGGAUGCAGCCUCUAAGGCAAGACCAGGAGAUAAAAGAAAGGAUCCACCAGCUCAGGCCCCUUCAGUCAAGCCAUCUCAGCUCACAAUGA